CUGUGCCUCGUUCCAUUUCUCGAACCUGACGGAAAUCUCCCACCCUCUAUCCUUCUCUGUCAAGCAACGUGUUUGCAGCGACAGGAGUGACUCACUGAGCGACCUCAAGGGUCUAAGAGAGAUGGGUCGAAAACAAGGUGGAUUGUAUAUCAAUCCAAAGAAGUUUGGAACUCUUAGGAAACCUUGUAUGAAGGAGAUGGUAUCAUUCCUCAAUUGCUUGGCGCUGAACCAGAACAAUGAUGGUAAAUGUGUUCGGCAGAAGGAACUUCUGAGUGUAUGCAUGGAUGCUCAGAGUGGGAAAAGCAGGAAGCCUUGGGGAAGCAUCAAUUAUCACCUUCAGAGGCUUAGCAGAGGAAGGAAAUAGUUUGUAUUCUGUCCCAAGUCAUACUCGUUAGUGUUUAGAUCAUCAAUUUGACUUUGAGUAAAGGUUUUUAUGGUUGUAAGCAUCAUCCUUGUUUUGAAGAAAAGGUUAUGGAAUAGUUGGUUGAAACUAACUACAUUUUUUCUUGCUUUAAUGAGCAACAUGGUGAGCUGUGAAUUCCUCAGAUUGUCCCUCUUUUGACCAUUUAAUUUUCCUUUUGUUGAGAUUGUCAAACUGGAGUUAAAUAUUCAAGCCCUAGUAAUAGUUGGGGCCAAACACUCCAUCAACUGCUAAAAAUUGCUUGAUUUCACCUGAGCUGGUUAUAA